GGGUGGAUAGACGUGAUGAAGAAUUCGACCUCAGAAGCUUCUUCUUUUGCUGCUGGGUUGCAUAUCUUUAAACAAAAAAACACACUCGCUUCCGAUAUCUUUGUGCUUUAACAAAUUUACACAACAACAUCAACAAUUAUGCUUUUACGACUUGCCAACACUCAUGUUCGUCGCCAUACGCUAGCGCUGAUUCGACAACAACAGCACCGUCAAAUGCCACAAGUAGCAGCAGGAAUCCGUAGUCCUUUCCGAAUCCAACAACAAAUCGCUUCAUUUCACCACAGUCAACUGCGCACAGCAUCCCUGCCAGACGGUUGGGACGCGUCCAGUGCUUCUCACCCAAUCGUACAAAAGAUCCGUGAAAAUCCUCAAGUCAUGGACCAACUCGUUGAAUUCACAAUGUUGUUGCAAAAGAAAGGUAUCGAUGUUGCUGGUAAACAGCCCGGUUUUGCUGACAUGAUGAAAAUUAUGAAUGAUCCCGAGAUCAAGGAAGUCGUAAAGAAAUUAGCCCAAGAAAUGCAGGCUGCCGGUAUUCAAUUGGAUAUGCAGUCCAUUGCUGAAAUCCAAAAGAGCUUAGAAGGCUACAAAGAUGAAGAACAAAAGGAAGGUGGUGUUGUCAACAAAAUGAAGGGUCUAUUCAAGAAAUAACACAAGUGAUUCCGCACCAAAUGUAUAAUCCAUCUGGAAAACGCAAAACCAUUACAACACCCACCUCCUCAUUUGAUCGGAAAUAGACAUGAUAGAUAUACAUAUUCAUACAAGUUUUAUUUAGUUUUUAUAUAAAGUAUAGAGGAGCUGUUGUAGUGGUUGACUGCAUCCUCCUUUGCACUGAUGGAAAUGGAGCGUGUUGCUGCUGCUCUCUUUCUCCUGUUUUAAAAGGGAAAACAUAUAACCUGCAUCAUGCUUGUUAGUUAUUGACGAGGCUUUUAUCCAGAUUUGGUAAAGAUGCGAUGGAGGUACUUAGAAGCGAACAAAUGCAAGGGUGCUACAAUCAUAUUGCAUAGCUGUGUACAAAAUUCGGUAGUAGAGAUGCAUACAUGAUUGUCAUGAUCUGGGACAUACACACACACACACAGAGAGAGAGAGAGAGAGAGAGAGAGAGAGAGG